AUGCCCCUGCAGCAGGAGAUGCAGGAGCACAAGAGAGCCAAGAGCACCAAGAGGGAGAACGCCAUUUGUGCAGCAGUUAAGUAUCUCAGAUUUCAUGCCCUUGCAGUGGCCACACCUAUUCUGGCCAAUUACCUGCUACCAGAUGUGAGUGACAGAUGGCCGGGAGUAAGUUCAGGUACCGCUGGCGCGCGGGACGAGGGGCGAGCCCGGCGGUGCCCCCAUAAAGGCAGGCUCGCUGCCUUCCUCAGGAACACAUGGGCCAAGGAGCCGGUGUCGGUCGCCUCCUUCACCAUCGGGAGCCUCGCUGGAAUUCUGCCCGCCUGCAGCCCCUACACCAGGCAUGCCACCACGAUCAACCAGGUCACACCCUGCAACUACCCCGUGCCCGCCCGAGAUGAUGGGAACAUGCCCGGCGUGCCCCGCCACCCCCAGGACCAGGGCUGAAGCCUAGAGUGGCUGAAGAAACUGUGA